AUGCCGUCCGACCUCUGCAGCCUCAAAGUGCAGGCGCUGUACCUCGAGGACCCGGGCGCGACGCUCGAGCCCAAGGGCUACAGCCUCUGCGGCACGAAGGGCAACACGUGCAAGAAGAACGGCUGCACCUGUCGCCGCGCGUCGAACGGGACCGUUCAGGGCGUGACCAAAUACUUUGGCGCGUGCGUUGUGCUGCAGAAAGGGACCGAGUGCGCCACGCGGGGAGAGGACUACGUCACGUGCGCCGUUGAGGCCAUUGCGUCGGCGACUGCAACGGAUACGGCAACAGGCGACGAAGCACUGGACGGGGCGCCGAGUGAGAAUACGCCGUCGUCAGUGCUGUUGGCAGAUGAGGUGUCAGAGGGCGGAGACGCCGUGUUGCCGCCUGAACCCAUUGCCAGCAACAGCAACAGCAACAGCAGCAGCAGCGGCUCUAGCGCUGUGGACGCCGUCUCGGCCGCCCCGUCGUCCCCCGACUCGCUCAACUCGACGGUCCUCAUCAUGAUCAUUGCCGUGGCCGUGAUCUUCGUCGCCCUCGUGUCGUACAUCAUCCGCUCGUACUGCGUGCGGCGCGCGAGCGCCGAGCGGAAACUCGCCACGCGCCGCAACCGGAGCGCCCGCAGCACAACGUUCGAGCCCAAGUCGCCCACGAACGCGACGCAGACGUCGUCUGCCACGCCGUCUUUCCCGGCGUUCGACAAGCGGACGCGGGCAGUGCAGUCCCCACGAACGGCCGAUGGUGGACGCGGCCGUGACCCGACGUCGGGACGUGGGCGGCCACCGCCCGACUCGGACUUUGGACUGCAUGGCGCGCGGCCGGGGAAUCGGGAACCAAAGUCGGGCCGUGGGCUGCAGUACUUGGACAUGGAAGACUCGUUUGUACCGAAGCAACAACCUGCGCGGGCAGGGAGCCGAGAACCAGGUUUGACGCGAGGACGGAAAGCACCGGAGCACGACCGGCAGUAUACGCCUACUGGCCCUCUCCGACUACCGUCGAACAAAGCGGCACCUUCCGAAGGUACUGUGCUUGCUGGUCGGAACACAUACGAACGAGUUGUUCAGUUUGCGCAGCUCGCAGCCUUUGAAGCACCACCUCCUCCAGCUCCGAGGCCCCAGAAGCCGAUUCAGUCCGUGCCGGUCUCGAAAGCAGUCCCAAAACGUGCUAGGACCGCAGCACCUAAUGCGAAGUCAGAGUCUUCUUCUCCGCCAGCAUUUUACAUCGACGAGCCUCCGAUGGUGACCGACUAUGACAUUCUGUCCCCCAAGACGGCGCGGUCGUUGGCACCGUCCGUGGCAUCGAGUGCUACAACGGUAGCCGCUCCUGGCCGCAAUCGACCAACUGCACUUCAGCCGGGGCGACGACCGCAAUAUGCGGCAGCUCCUACGCAACAUUACCGUCGCGAUGAUGCCCUGUACGGUGACGAGAGCAGCUACAAUGAAAGUAUAUACAAUGAAAGCAGCUACGACGAAAGCGAGUAUAAUGGCAAGUUCGAUGCUUCGAACAACUACGGUGGGUCGCUUGUCAGUGACGUUAGCUCCAUGGCGUGGUCGGGGAUGUCCGGUCUGAGUGACGAGAGCUAUUACCAAGGAGCACCAAAUAUGACAGCACGGAUUCCACUCAUUGAAGCAGCUGAUGACGAUGACGCUCGAAGUGAGGACGCAUAUAGUGACUGGGGUAACUCAACAAUGCGAUUGACAUCCGAAGACGACCGGAACACUGGCGCAUCGGACGCAUCCUUUUUCUCCGCGAGCUCGGACUACACGAAAUCUCGAAGCCUUUCGAAGGAGCUCGAGUUUUAG